CAGAGUUCGGUGCAUGUGUCUAUCUCCAUCCUCCUGCAGAAGAUGCCAUUCUCGAUCUUCCCAACAUCCACUCAUUCCAUCUCCCGAAUUCAAGGGAUACUCGCAGACGAGGAAAAGUCUUUCGUUCUUUUUUCCCACCGCAGUCACUCUUUAGACACCCUCCCUUCUGCACUCUCUUGAAUCACAAUCACACAUUCCUUGCUCGUCGGUCGAUCCGUCGUAGUUCCCUCCAUCGUCCAUUCAUUCGCCUAACAGUGUCUGCGCUCAGUUGCCAUCCUUCCUUGACGACAACCGACCAUUCACUUUACCCCCGAAUUCGAUCCUUCCUCACUGCGGACUGAGUCUGCAUUCUUACCGUUCCUUAGCACUUCAGAACUUCAAUUCAAUUCAGAAAUACUUGAUAACGUCUAUUCUUCGACCAUCAUAUUCACAUCAUCGCACCUGUCACUGGAAACUCACAGCGCACAAGCCAAUCUUCAGGUUUGCAAACACCAAGAUAUCUUAGUUCACCGUGUAUCACAUUACGAACCGUCAAAAGACAUAAGAAUACCCCGACAGACCUCAGUUGCUCGUCAUGUCUUCGUCAACCAUGUCUCUUGCGCGCGCUUUCACGAGGCGCAACAAGCGCAGUGUUGAUCAACCGAUGCCCCAACGUGGUACAAGUGUCAGAUACGCUCCUGGAACCAUCAACCGUACUCAGAUCUCACUUCCAACUGAGCUGAUCUCGACGACAAACGUCCAGGCUUUGACUGCACCAGACAUUCGCACUGCCUCCGGUUCCUCGACUGCCUCAAUUUCCUCGGCCAACGACUCGGACUUCUCCACGAUUGACCGAAGCUUUCUCAAUAACGCCUCCAGUGACACGUCGUCCAUUGAAGACAGUGGUCCUGCGACUCCUGUCACACCUGCUUCCGAUGAUCACAAAUCAUUCUUCGAUGUGAAGCAAGCCGCUUCCGCCGUUCCCGCGAUUGCCUCACCGCCUACCGCUGCAACGCCCGCAAUUCCAAAACGGGCCCCCUCCCACUCAAAGCAGGCUCAUGUUGAGUUGUCACGAAAGCGAUCAAUGCAGCGGAUGUCACCUCCCCCAACAACCCUCAACAAGCCCGCGGUGCGGAGCAGUGCUGAUAUGUUCACUUCGUCCGCUGACCCCAAUCAUCCUUUCGGCAAAGAGCUAGCUCAAGUCAAUGAGGUCGCAGAAGAGUUUGGUGCCACGGCAAGAUUAUUGGAGGAAGAGGAGCAAGAAAUCAUGAGCAAAGGUCUGCGCAAGUUUUGCGUGGAAGAAUACUUGGAUGAGAUCGCUGGCCUCUAUGGUGGGAUCUUUGAGGACCAACUCGGAACGAUGGCGAAGCCGUGGAUCUGAAAGAUCUAAUCAAUGGAAUCGGCCUAGGCUGAUCCACGCACCAGAUACACGACUUUAUGACAAACGGAGUUUCGAAAAGCGAAUUGUUUUUCCUGGGCUGGCCGGCUUGCGGUGUCUUUUAUGAUGUGAUUCGAGAAGGCUUCACUUCCAUUCAUUCCUUUACAUUUGUUUUCGGACAACAAACCUUUUUCUCGACAAUGAUCGACAUGGCGUGUGGUUGGGCUAUCCAUGUGUGUUGAGCUCAUAGGGUCUGGGACCAAAUGAGUCAGUGACACUCGGGGUGAUAAAAACAUAACCUUGAAUGGUAAUCUUGAUCAUACGAACAUGUCGAAUGGAGCUGGAGACCUUUUUUGAUUGGAGAUCUUCUUGUCAAGAAUGGGAUCAGAUGAAGUGGAUGAGGAAAAGGGAAAUCUUGUUCAGUACCAACAAACGAUAGAGCUGCCAGAUGGAGCUAUCCAGAGAAACAAGACAAUAGAG